CAGCUCCACCGCCUGGCUCGUGUGAGCUUCUGGUGUUAGAAGGGGAGAAGUGAGCAAACUGAGGAUUUCAGUACAUUAUUCCAUAAAACGCGUCUAGUUUCUGGUUUUUCACAGAGUCUGGAAACAAAAGAAAAGGGAGAACGAAAUCGAGGGCAUAAAGAGGAAAGAGAAAAGGAGGAAGACGGGGAGGAUAUUUUUUUUACACAGUGGAAAAUGCUGCGGAUUUGACUAAAAGAUGUCUGCCGUCACCAUGGAAGCAAAUUCCAUCCUCCCGGUCCUAAAAAAGAAGCUGGCCUUCCUCUCAGGAGGCAAGGACCGGCGCAGCGGUCUGAUCCUCACCAUCCCCCUCAAUUCAGAUCAGACCAGCAUGGAGGAACUCAGUGCCACGCUGGAUUACCUACUCAGCAUCCCUAGUGACAAGUGUAAGGCUCGUGGUUUCACUGUGAUCGUGGAUGGCCGGAGGUCUCAGUGGAACAUCGUGAAGACGGUGGUGCUCAUGCUGCAGAACGUGAUCCCAGCGGAGGUGUCGCUGGUCUGCGUGGUGAAGCCUGACGAAUUCUGGGAUAAGAAGGUCACACACUUCUGUUUCUGGAAGGAGAAAGACCGCCUGGGCUUUGAGGUGAUCCUGGUUUCGGCCAAUAAGCUCACUCGUUACAUCGAACCUUGCCAGCUUACAGACGAUUUCGGAGGAAGUCUGGACUAUGACCACAGCGACUGGCUCAACAAGAGACUGGUUUUCGAGAAGUUUACAAAAGAGUCGACUGCGCUUCUGGACGAGCUGACGAUCAUCAACGACAGUGAAAAAAGUGCCUCGGGGGACAAAGACAAAUCAACCGAUGGAGCUCUCUUGCCAUCACUUGAUCCUGAAACUGUCCUACAGAAUGGUCAUGAGCUGCUGUCUGAGCUGCAACAGCGCCGGUUCAACGACUCAGAGGGAGGAGGAGGAGGCGGACAGGCAGCUCCAGCAUGGUGCCCUAUGGACGAGGAGCUGCUGGCCCAGCCUCAGGUAAUGAAGCUGCUGGACUCGCUCAGGGAGCGCUACACUAAAUACCAGGAGCUGUGCAGACAGCGGAACAAGAGGGCGCAGCUGGACGAGAUCCACGCCAAGGUCAUGCAGGUGGUGAACUGGCUGCAGGGUCCUGGUUCAGAGCUUCUGAAGACCCAGCAGACAAUCGGGGACUCUAUGCGAGCUGCACAGGCUCUGCAGCAGAAGCACGAAGAGAUCGAGAGCCAGCACAGCGAGUGGUUUGCUGUGUAUGUGGAGUUGAACCAACAGAUCGCUGCCUUGCUCAGUACCGGGGAGGAGGAGGAGGUGGCGGAAUUAAAGGCGCUGCAACAGCAGCUCAGUGACGUCUGCUACCAGCAGGCGUCCCAGCUAGAGACCCGUCAGAAUGUUCUGCAGGCAGCACAGGCCUUCCACAGCACCACACAGGAGUUGUCUCAGCAGCUGGACGGGCUCCUGGGCAUGCUCUGUGUCGAUGUGUCCCCUGCUGACGGGACAUCCAUUCAGCAGAACCUAAAACUGUUAGAGGAGAAACUGCAGACUGUUGAGGCAGGUCUGUCCUCCCUCCGUCAGAAGGGAACACUGGUGCUGGAGCAGAUGUGUGGCCAAUCAUCCUGGUCUCUGGAGGAAGCAGAAAGCCCUCCUGGAGAGCAUCAGGAAAAUGUGCAGCAUGUUCAGGCUGUGAUGGAAGAGAUGGAGCUCCGCAAGCAGAGGUGUGAGGACAUGGUGGAUGUGAGGAGGCUCAAGAUGCUGCAGAUGGUCCAGCUGUUUAAAUGUGAAGAGGAUGCUUUACAGGCGGUUGAGUGGCUCAGUGAGCUGUUGGACGCCUUGUUAAAGACCCAUGUCAGACUGGGAGAUGACUCUCAGGAGACACGGACCAUGCUGGACAAACACAAGAAGUUUGUGGAUGUAGCUCAGAGCACGUACGAUUACGGCCGUCAGCUUCUGCAGGCCACCGUCGUUCUCUGUCAGUCACUGCGCUGCACCACUCGCUCCUCCGGCGACACUCUGCCGCGACUCAACCGGGUGUGGAAGCAGUUUACCGUCAGCGCAGACGAGAGACAGCAGCGAUUGGAGCUGGCCCUGAACUUUCACACCAUUGCUGAAAGAGUGUUGCAGCAGCAGCAUGUUGAGGUGGAAUCUCUGGAUGAGGUCGACUCUUCAGGAAGAACUCUGCUGGACAGACUCGCUUUACCGAUCAUCUUCCCUGAUGGGAGCGAGCAGUUCUUUGGGAGUCCCAUCGACACAGCCUCUACAGCAGAGGGAGUCAGAGAGCGCCUCCUACUGAUUGAAGAGCGGCGACUGCAGCUGCAGGAGGCGCGGCUUCUUAACAACGAGGAGGAAGAGGAGGAAGUGGUGAACGGCCUGGAAGGGAGGCUGGAUGUAAUCGGAGAGGAACUGAGUGAGAAAGAGGAGCAAGAUGAGGAGGAGAAGGAGGCAGAGCAUCAGGAUGAGGAUCUGGAGAGGGCUACGCAGGACUGCUAAUGGCUGUUAAACCUGCAGCCUUGAUGAAGCUUGUUGGUGAAGGGCUGCUGACAUCUGAAGUGAUUUCCUUCUGUGGCACAAAUCAUAUGAAAAAAAAAGCUAUUUUUCUGCCUGUCUGCCUUCCCUUCAGUUCAGACAGCGUCUCUCCUCAGCCUCUCUACGUAACCUUCCUGCAACUGGACUAACCCGAUGGAUCGUACUCCUAGUCCCGGUCACUUUAAAAAGAAACGGAGAACCGUGCUGCUUCUCUGACUGGAAUAACUGCAACUUGUGUUUCCGCUCUGUUGAGGAUAAUCAUCGUGGAUCAGUGCUCCUAACACCGCUGCUGCCUCCUCCUCAUUUACAACUUGAGAAAAUCUUCCAUGGUGCUUAACCCAGCUUCUUGUUGACCUUUUGGGACAUUUUCCCAUUUGUAUCUACAUCGGUUUACUUUCACAGCAGCUCACUGAAAGGAAACAUUUAUCUUGUUUGGUGCAAUAUUUUACAACUGAUCAGAUUUUAUUUUCCUCUUUUGAAUUUAUCUACUAUAGUCAGAGGAGUUUAUCUGUAAUCAGGAUGCAGUGUUCUAUACGCUUCUCUAAGAAAGGAUAAUAACGUAGCCAAACAUGAGGAAGAUGAAAACGAUGAUUAAAGGUACAACAAAGAUUACAACAUGGCUGCACAACAGCAGGCCAGAAGCUGCUGUCUGAGUUAUUAGACAUGGGAACUAAACCAGGAACUCAGAAACAUGAGCAGUUAAAAAAAGCCAUAACAUUAAACCUAAAAAAAGCCAAACUGAUAGGACCUUUAGGCUCAAAGAAGCACAGCUGUUAAAUCUCUGUGCAGUUUGGUCGAGUUUAUCCCUCUUUGUGUGUGUGUUGCAUUUUAUCCUGCAGAUCAAUUUUAAUUUGCAGCGUAAUAUUUUAAAGCAGAAUCUGCAAGAGAUUACCGGUAUUAUUCUGGUGAUCAUUGAUCAAAUAAUGACUGAAGCAACACAAUAUAAAAAAAAAUGUAUAUGUCAAUGUAUUUCAUUUUUCCUGCAGUAUUCUCUUAGAUAUUCUGAUGGGGUUCAAACGCACAGCUUGCUUUACUGCAAACUUGAAACAUGAGCUUGUGACCACAGUCUAGUUUUUAAAAAAGAAAUCAGAUAUAAACCUGGAAACUUCAGAAAAGGUCAGAUUCCUUUUUUAUUUUAUUUAUUCUCUCUUCUUUAGGUCAAACAUUGAGUUACUGGUUUGUCUUUUCUUAAAAUCUGCUGCUGUCAGUGUAUAUCUGCUAAUCGCUCUGUCCCGCUGUCUUUACCGUCCAAUGGC